CGGGUCAGUCUGUUCUAUCGUUCAUGCCUCUCAUAACGCUGCGCCCACAUUAUCGCUGUUAUAUUGCUUCCUUCGUCAACGUCCGAUUUGGUGUUUUAGCUUCACACGGCAAUAUGCAUAUAGCUUGACGCUAGAACAUUACAUCUUGCAGUUUGUAACUUCCUAUUAAAAACAAUUACUACAUCUUUGCUCUUGAGGGCGCCGCGGGUCAUCGCGGGCCCCGCCCUGGACCCGCUUGCGAUACAAAGGGCCUACAUAAGCUUAGAUCCUUAGGUAAUGGAUGGCUCGGCCCUCCCACCAGUCUCCGGCGCCUCGCAGCCUGAUGCGGUGGAGGAAAUGCCCGAGCCCAGCACCUCAGGCGUCCGACCCAGGGCCAGCGAGCGAGCUGGCGACUUAUAUGCAGAAUUUGCGAAGGAGGACGGAACUAUGGCGGUGUCAGCUUUAGGAAAUCUCUUAGCAGCUGUCGACAUUACGACUACACCAGACAACUGCAAGCGCUUUGUUGCAACAGUGGCUGGCCCUAACGCGGACAGCAUGACGAAAGAGCAGACUCUGGCGGUUGUGGGCAUGCUCUCCGCGGACGCCGCCCAGUCUCUUGCCGCCCUGCGCAACGAGUUCUCCUCCGCGCCCUCCUCCACCUCGCUGGCGGGGCUGUCCGACACCACCAGCGGGGGCGGGCAGGCGCGGCCCUUCAGACGCAUCCUCACCAAGAACCGCUCAUACCUGGAGACCGGCUCGCUGCAUGUGGACGAGGCGGUGCUGCAGUACAUGUCCAAGCUGGAGGAGCACCGCCGGCGCUGCGAGGCGGAGGGGCGCUACCAGGAGGCCAAGGUGGCGGCCAAGAGGCUGGCGGACCUGCGCACGGCACAGGUUGACCGCCUGCGCCAGGAGCUGGCCAGCAACCAGGUCCGCGAGCUGGAGGAGGUGCAGGCGGUGUUCGAGGAGGAGACCGCCAAGUUCCACCACAUAUGGGACAACAGGAUCAAGGACUACCUGGCAAACAUGGCAAAGGCGGUGGAGGAGCUCAAGUGCAGCCACACCUCCCAGCUGGCCGCCUACGUGGAGGAGCUGCAGCGCAAGCGCCCCACCCGCGCGCGCCCCUCGCGCGAGUACCUGGCGCAGCGGGAGGUGCAGGACAAGCUGGCCAAGGCGCAGCUGUACGGGCGGGCCACCAAAGUAAAAAACAUGGCAGAUGAGCUGUACCAGGCUGAGAUGGAGACCACGCUAGCCGCCUGGGAGGCGGAGUCGAAGCUCAAGAUCGCCAAGCUGCAGGCCAAGCAGCAAACAGAGUACGAGGUGCUUCAGCAGCGGGGAGCAAAGGGCCGGGACGAGUUGGAGCUCAAGCGGGUGGCGGAGACGGAGCGGCGAACACUGCGGUUCAGGAACAUCGUGUCGGAGCUGGAGCAGCUGCACAAGCUGGAGUUGGCGCAUCUGGAGAACUUCCUGGACGGCCAGGUGCUGGCGGGCAAGGCAACACCGCUGAAGGACCCGGGGGCGUUCCGGAGGAAGCGGGAGCAGCUGUUCAGCCUCACGCUGAACUGAGAGGGGGAGGGGGAGAAGGAGCGGGAGCGGGAGGAGAAGGAGGGAGGGGGAGGGUUACCAAGGCCGCAACGCAUGGGGAGAAGGAAAGGGAGGAGGGGUGGCGGGGGGGAUGCGGGAUGGGGCGUGGUUGGCGGUAAGGGCUGACUCUGUGACAGCUGAUCGAAAGAGCAUUGUGUUUGAAUAUGCCGUUUGAGUGAGGCUGAUCGGAUGUUGGGUGCAUGGAGGGAUGGGUGCAUGGAAGAGUCAGGCGCAUGGUGGGACGUGUGCUUGUGCUGUGGCAGGCUUAUGGAGGACGGGGUACCGGUAGGUCGCAUGUCUGAACACGUGCAGCACAGCGCUGCUGCCACCGCCUAGCCCCUGCUCGCCAGCAUCACCUUGCCUGGAAACACCACCCCCCCUUUGCGAAAUGCGGUUUGCGGUAUAGCUUCACGCUCGACUUGUGAGGCCUUAAAGUACGACAAUUAAAGUACGACGAAGGCGUACAUGUGGGGGAGUCCGGGGGGGGGUUGGGGUCGGGAGCGGACGCCGAAGGGUGGAAGGAAUAGGGUGGAUGCGGGCGGGGAAUUGUUGUGACAUGAUGCUGAUACAUUGCACGCAGGCGCAUGCGUGCAUGCAGGACCCACAUGCACUAACACUGACCUGGUAUUUGACUGACAUUGACGCCUAGAAGUAUAGAGAGCAUGUCAUGGCGUCAAUUUAUCACAUUGCGUGUGCGUCCCUGUCGAGUGAGACCCGUGCGUGUCUCUCUCUUUACCCUUGAUCAUGCACGGUGUAUGCCGUCUGCAUCUGAAUGCCGUGGUGUUAGUCGCCAUGUGACCACGUUAGCUGCAACCACCACCGGCGGCAUUGCCACCGGAGCUAAUAGGCAGGUUUGUUUGGGGGCUGUAUGUGCGGCCCGCGCACCUCUUGUGUUGGCCCGCCACUGGUCGUUAAGCACGGCAGUUGGUGAAGUUAUUACCGGUAACACUGUGCGAGCGCAUGACCCGCCUUAGACGUACGUUUGCUGAGGACCUCAUGCUCUAGGCUGCUUGUUAGCUGGUUGGGUACAAGAGGAGCGUGAUAAGCAAGAGGAUGGCUGGGGAGGAGCCGUGGACUUCCCGGCAUGUAGGAUUUGGGAUACUACCCGGCAACGUGUAAGAUGACUAUGUUAGCAAAC